GGUAACAGCCAGAUUUAACGUCAACGCAGCGGGCUCAGAUAUAUCGGCCGACGGAAGAUUAACGGAGCACAAAGCAACCAGAACUGACGUAAACCGGUCCCGUGCUCCGCCACCGGAACGAGGACAUGGAGCGGGACGACCCAACGCAGGCCCAGGAGCCCGGCUUGAUGGACCAGACCCGGAUCAGAACCUCCUUCAAGAGUCUUUUCAGCUCCAGUCAAAUCUUCCUGCCGCCGGGAGGGAACCGCCCCCCAAGACCGGAGCUCCAGAUGAGCCUGAUCCUCCGGAGCAAGGCGGCCCAGCAUGACGCGAACGGGAAAGAGGCACUGGGAACGUCCCAGUACGAGAAGGCCGUGGUCUGCUUCUCCAAAGCCAUCAACCUGCAGCCAGACCAGGCCCGGCUGCACCAGAGCCAGGCGGAGGCCUACCUGCAGCUGUGCGACUUCCAGUCGGCGGCGGCGUGCUACAAGCGGGUCUGGAUCCUGCGGCCCGGGUCCUGCGGCGCCCGCCUGGCCUUCGUCUACUUCCUGCAGGGCCAGUGCUUGUUCGACCGAGGCCUUUUCCUCGAGGCCCUGAGGGCCUUCAGCAAGGCGGCCGAGGUGAAGCCCGACUGCAGGGCCUACAAGGUCAAAAGGCUGGCCUGCCUGGCGGCUGCCGGUCACCCCGCUGCCAGCCUGAAGCUGGUGAGCGACUGGAUGCUGGCGGGCGGGCCGACCUCUGACCUCUACGUGCUCCGAGCCCGGCUGCACAAGCUGCUCCACCAGGUGUCUCUCUGUUACCGGGACGUGAGGUCGGCGUUGGCGCUGACCCCGCGGUGCCCGGAGGCCGCCGCCCUGCUGCUGCAGCUGCAGGCGACCGGCGAGUGGCACAGGCAGGAGGCGGUGAACGGAGCGCUGAGGGGCCGGCUGCCCGAUGCCCUGGGCAGCACCAACAUGGCUCUGGAGAACUGCCCACGGGACGCCCGCCUCUACCUGUUCAGAGGGAUUCUGUACCGACGCCUGAAAGACUUCACAGCAGCCUUCAAGGAUCUGGUCCAGGCUGUGGAGCUGAGCGAGGAGGAGGUCAGAGGUCAGGAGGAGGUCAGAGGUCAGGAGGAUGAGCGUGGCUCCGUGGAGGAGGAGGCUCAGUUCCAGCUGGUCCUCACCUACAACGACUUCGCCGUGCAGUGCUUCAGCAGAGGCCUCUACGCCGAGGCCACCCUGCUCCUCAACCGGGCCGUGGAGGAGGAGCAGGGCCAGGCCGGCCUGUACCUGAACCGAGGAGACUGCUUCUUCAAGCAGGGCGAGUGGUGCUUCGCUCUGGCCGACUACCAGCAGGCCGAGGAGAUGAUGCGGCGCGGCGACCCCGCCGUCCGGCUGCGGCUCGCCGUCCUGCACAACACGCUGGGCGGCGCCCGCUUCCAGGACGGGUGUUUCCAGGAGGCAGCAGACCUCUUCUCUCUGGCCGUCCAGUGUGACCCGGCAGCCGGUCGGUACUACGAGAGCCGGUCCAAGGCCUUCAGGAAGAUCCUGAACCUGGAGGGAGCCCGGCGGGACCUGAUCUGCACAAUGAUCCUGGAUCCCACCAGCGAGGAGCUGCCUCCUAUGCUCAUGGACCUGUUCCCUGGCUGCAGCGCGGCUGAUGUGUUGUCCAGUCCAGAAGGACGAGCAGUCAGAUCUCAGCUGAUGGACUCCAUCCAGGCCUGCAGCUCCUCCUCCGACCAGCAGAGUCUGAGUGAAGAUCCCCCGAAGAGGACCAAUCAGAACGCAGCGAGCCAACCAGCUGACCCGUCUGAGGCGGGACGGGAGCUGAAGCUGUGUGAGCACCGGAGGAGGUGAAGAUACCUGAGCAGCCACAAAGUGUCAUGCUGAAGUACCACCAGCACCACCACCUGUACCACCAGCACCAGUACCAGCACCACCAGUACCAGCAGCACCAGUACCAGCACCACCAGUACCACCAGCACCAGUACCAGCACCACCAGUACCACCAGCAACAGUACCAGUACCACCAGUACCACCAGCAACAGUACCAGCACCACCAGUACCACCAGCAACAGUACCAGCACCACCUGUACCAUCAGCACCAGUACCAGCACCACCAGUACCAGCACCACCAGUACCACCAGCAACAGUACCAGUACCAUCAGCACCAGUACCAGCACCACCACCUGUACCACCAGCACCAGUACCAGCACCACCAGUACCAUCAGCACCAGUACCAGCACCACCAGUACCAUCAGCACCAGUACCAGCACCACCACCUGUACCACCAGCACCAGUACCAGCACCACCAGUACCAGCACCACCAGUACCAUCAGCACCUGUACCAGCACCACCUGUACCACCAGCAACAGUAUCAGUACCACCAGCAACAGUAUCAGUACCACCAGCACCAGAACAGGACCAGAACAGGACCAGAACAGGACCAGAACAGGACCAGAUCACCUUCAGACACAACGAGACUUAAGAGUCAUAAAUGUUGAUGCGUCCGCCGUGUUUUUGUCUCUUUGUCUCAUACUUUAUGAAAUGGUCACGUGACGUCCUCUAAACUCUCGCUGUGCACGUUGUGAAUCACUUUUAAAAUACCCCAAAACAUAACUGUGGUCCUUUCACUGGAAAUAAAUCCUCGAGCACUCCAAAUAAUCUUAAAACCCGUCGUAUGGAAACGACGCUGUUGUCCUUUCAUUAGCAUGUUGUUACACACUGCCGUCCACUAGGUGGCAGCAGAGGCACGACUCUAGCGUUCGCUCUGCUGGUGGACUUUUAUAAAAGAGG